AUGAGCCAAUCCACGGAAACCAUUGCAUAUGUCGUACAUCAGUUCCAUUUUGCCGAAGAAAUCAAGCGUGUUGUUACCAAUCAACCGUGCCGAAAACUUGGGAAUUUACGCCCGGUUUACGUCAAUAGGCUUCUCCGCGUGGGUGGUCGGUUGGAUCGCUCGCAGUUACCUUUCGAGAACCGUCAUCCUAUAAUAUUGCUGGAUAAGGAUUUGGUGGUGCGGCUGCUAGUGCAACAGAUGCACAUCGAGUUAAUCCACAUCUACCAUUCGUUUCAUCACCCGUUGUUGCGUCAGAUGUUAUCGGACCAAUCCUACCACCAGCUAAUGGGAAACCUGCCAGAGUCGAGAGUAGUACCUUCCCCUCCAUUCGCCGUAACAGGUGUCGACUAUGCCGGGCCCUUUUGGACGAAACAAGAAUCGCGUCGACCUGCAAUAGUGAAAUCAUACGUAGCAGUGUACGUUUAUAUGACGACUAAGGCCGUUCACCUGGAGGCCGUAUCCGAUUUGAGCACCGAUGCUUUCCUGGCUUCUCUUCGACGACUGAUAGCUCGACGGGGCAUGAUUCGUGAAUUGCACUCGGAUAAUUUCCGAGGUGCCAACCAUGAAUUGAGAGCAUUGUACCAGCAAUUCCAUAAUCAACAAUUCGUUGAGUUGAUUCAGUCUUUUUGUAGCAGCCGUAAAAUCGAGUGGCACUUCAUUCCACCAGAUGCCCCUGAAUUUGGCGGCUUGUGGGAAGCGGCGGUGAAAUCCUGCAAAACUCAUCUAAAACGUAUUGUCGGUAACGUGAAGUUAACUUCUGAGGAACUAGCGACAGUCUUAACACAGAUUGAGGCUGUCAUGAACUCCACACCGCUGUUCACCAUCUCCAAUGAUCCAGCAGAUCCACUUGUGAUCACGCCAGCUCACUACCUCAUCGGUCGAUCACUUACAGCUCCCGCUGAACCAUCGUUAGAAGAUGUCAAGGAUUCACGUUUGGGCCGCUGGCAGCAUCUCCAGCUUCUCCGUGAACAAUUUUGGCGUGCUUGGAGCCGAGACUAUUUAAACACCGUACAACCCAGGAAAAAGUACCUACGAGAGAUGCCCAACAUUCGUGUCGGCAUGAUUGUGCUACUGCAUGAUCGAAAUCAACCUCCUCAAUAA